GGCAGUGACGAGAUGGUGGCGUACUGCGUACCUGGGGGCCAAAAUUUUCAACGAGUCUACAUAAAAGUCCACGGCUACAUAGCCCUCAUUAUCUGCCUACUCGGCUCUGUUGCCAAUUCGGUCAAUAUUGCAGUGCUCAGCCGCAAAGAAAUGACGUCGUCUACUAACUCUAUUCUAACCGCACUUGCCGUUGCAGAUCUUUUGGUUAUGAUCGAUUAUAUACCUCUAGCUCUUCACAUUUACACAGACAUUGCAGAGGAAUUAAACCGGAAUUCGUAUGCGUGGGCUGUUUAUGUAUACUUCCAUUCUAUUUUCAGCCAAACUUUCCAUACCAUAUCUAUUUGGCUUACGAUAACUUUAGCGGUUUGGAGAUUCGUAGCUAUUAAAUUUCCCCAAAAGAACAAGACGCUCUGUAAUAAGAGAAACACAAAUAUUGCGAUUGCUAUUGCUUACGUCGUUUGCCCCAUAGUAUGUCUUCCAAUUUAUUUUGCUAUGAACAUCCAGGAAUUGCCUAAACAAAAAAGCGAUACUAAAAAUGUUACUAUGAAUGAAACGGACUUUGUGAAUGUAACGGCUAUCAGUGAACCAAUGUACGUAAUAUCAAUGACGAAUAAUCAAGAUUUAUUGACUGCUAUAUUUUGGAUUUACAGUGUUUUCUUAAAAUUAAUACCUUGUGUAGUUUUAUCUAUUUUUAGUGUGUGUCUUAUUUUGAAAAUGAAAUCCAGUGAUAAAAGACGGCAGAAACUGUUAAAAAAGUCUACUGUUGCAAUUAAUGAGGGCGAAAAAGCUCGUCUUAAUGAAGAUGGCGGCAAAAGGGGUGGUCGAACAGAUCGUACGACGCGCAUGUUGGUAGCACUGCUUGGAUUGUUUCUAGCCACAGAACUACCGCAGGCACUGUUCGGUCUACUUACUGCAAUCGCUCCACAUCUUUUCAAAAUGUGCUACUAUGCAUUUGGCGAGGUGAUGGAUCUUAUGGCGUUGGUGGGGUCUGCCGUGAACUUCGUGCUGUACUGUAGUAUGAGUCGUCAAUUCCGUUCCACAUUCACUAGGCUCGCUGGUAAGCUUCUACCGCCGUUGGUACGCGAUGAUGGCGAACACGCUACAACAUCCACCACGGUAAUGGCGUAG